GCGCACGGGUCCACUAUAUACCUAAUGGAUACACAGGCGGUGCGCUAACUCCUCCGAAAAAUAUAUCAGUCUGUCUCGGCGCGCCUCGGUGACCCGUCUUCGACGGACGGGCUUCGGAAACAAUAUUUUAUUUUAUAAUUCGGAAAUUCGCGUACACGUGCAUGUUUUGCCUGUAUUUUUUAUAAAUUGAUUCUCAUCGCCUGUGGUAAAUUUUGGCAGCAAGAACAAAAAAUGGGUGCAAAGUCUCGAAGGGGCCAAGUUUGGUUGGUGCUGGCGACGAUCGCGAUUUGGGUGUCCGAGGCAGCGCCAGCGGAUGACAAGCUGACUGUGCGAAUCAUCCACACGAAUGACAUGCACGCGAGAUUCGAGGAGAUUUCAAAGCGCAACACGAUCUGCAGCGAGGCCGAAAAGAAGCACCUGAGCUGUUACGGUGGCUUCGCCAGAAUGGCCACUCUGAUCCGACAAAUGAGAGACGAAGCGCCCAAAUACCUUCCCACCUUCUUCUUGAACGCCGGGGACACUUACCUCGGCUCCAGGCUCUUCACCCUGUACAAGUGGAAGAUCGUCGCGAGGUUCCUCAACAUCCUCAAGCCGGACGUAGCGAGUUUGGGCAACCACGAGUUCGACCAGGGCCCGGACGGUCUGGUGCCAUUUUUGCAAAAUGCGAGCUUUCCCAUCGUCGCUGCCAACCUGGACUUUUCCGGCGAGCCAGACCUGAGAGCGGCCAAGCAGCUAAUGAAAUCGUUCGUCCUGACGGCUAGGGGCCGCCAAAUCGGCGUGAUCGGCUACCUGACCCCGGACACCAUGACGCUGUCGCAGCCGCGUAACGUCAAAUUCCUCGACGAGGUGCCGGCCAUCCGCGAAGAGGCCCAACGUCUCAAAGCUCAGGGAUGCCGUAUAAUAAUAGCCUUGGGCCACUCGGGCUUCGAGGCCGACAAGCGAAUCGGCCGCGAAGUCGAGGACGUGGACCUCGUGAUCGGCGGCCACACCAACACUUUCCUCUACAACGGGCCCCAGCCGGACAUCGAGGUACCCGAGGGACCCUACCCCUACGUCGUGACACAGCCGAGUGGACGGAAGGUGUACGUCGCGCAGGCGUUCGCGUACACCAAGUACCUCGGGAAUCUGGAGAUGGACUUUGACGCGGAUGGCGAGAUAACGAGGAUCGAGGGCCAGCCCGUACUGGUGAACGCUAGCAUUCCCAAAGCCAAGGACGUCGAGGAGGAGGUGUCCAGGUGGGCCGAGGCCGUGAAAAAUUGGACGACCGAGGAGGUGGGCAAGACCAAGGUGCUGAUCAACGGGAACGAGAAGAGCUGCCGGCUCUAUGAGUGCAACUUUGGCAACCUAGUGACCGACGCUAUGAUUUACUGGAACACCAAGUUGUACGACGGGGAGAUUGGCUGGACGGACGCGCCGAUAGCCAUCUAUCAGGCUGGGGGUAUAAGGACGUCCAUAGUGGCGACGAACGAGAACAAGGUGUCGAAGGACGACGUGGUCACCGCGUUGCCUUACGGUUCGCGGGUUCUCAAGGUGUACGUGAAGGCGGAGACGCUCAUGGAGGCGCUGGAGUGGAGCGUCCACGACAGGAUCAGCCAGAACGAGACCGGCCAUGGGGGAUGCUUCCUUCAGUAUUCCGGAAUUCAGGUCACCUACGACAUAUCGAAGCCACAAGGAUCGCGAGUCGUGUCGGCGAAGGUACGGUGUGCCAAGUGCACGGUGCCGACUUAUCUGGACCUCAAAAAGAACGCCACUUACACCGUACUUAUGCCCGAUUUUUUGCACAACGGUGGCGAUGGAUUUCAAAUGCUUCGCAACACGACUUACAAAAAUUUAAACGUAACAACAGCGGAAAUACUCUCGGAUUACGUGAAUCACACGAGUCCAGUGUACCCCGGAGUCGAGGGCAGAAUCAAAUUCGUGCUGACGUCAGCAUCGGAUGCACAAACACCUCAGCAGAACUGCUCGUCGUCAGCGUCAGACAUCACAGGUUUUCACCGGCUAUCGUUUUUCGCGAAGCUCAGUUGUUUCACUUUGGCCUUUUUACUUCUCGCCGUCGUUUAAUAAUUUAUUCCAUUGUCUGAUUAAUUGAUUGUGGGUGUGUGUGCGUGAAUGGGGAAAAAGCGUGUGUCAUUGAAUGGUUUUAUCAUGAGCAAACAAUUUUUUUUUAAUAUUUGUAUUAUGUUAUACUGUGUUCGUCACGAAGCCAGUGAAAUGUGCGUGGGUUAUCUCUGUUGUUGAUUUUUUCUAAAAAAUGCUUUGCGCGUAGUAAAUUUUGUACAUCCUCCUUAAAAUCAAAUAUACAUUGAUUUUCCUCGAGAUGUAAGGCACGAUUCUUUGUAAAAAAAAUUAUUAAAAAAAUUUUACACAAUGAAACCUGCAC